AUGGAUUCGGGUUCUGAUGAGGGCGAGACAGAGGAGAGGGAUCAGAAGGCGGAUCCAGAUGCAUCCUUGGAUGAGUCAGCGAAGCAGGCUCAGGAAGCGUCGGGAAGCGAGGACGAAAAUGCAGAUGUUAGUGCUGGCACUUUGGAUGGAGUGGAGACAUUUGGGAGAACGAUGGUGCUUGCCCCUGCGUUGCUCAAAAAGCUUCCAAGGAUGCUGCCCGAAGACGCAGCUGCUGCUUGUUGGGCGCUUGCAAGAACCAAGUUUUUCGACAACGACAUUCUCAGGGCAUUGAAUGCCUUGCUGAAGAGGCUCUUGCUGAGAGACAGGCUAAGUAUUCAGCAGGCAGAUGACGUGCUUAGAUGUAUGGCGAGCCUGAACAUCUAUGAUGAGGGUGUGUUCAGUGCAAUCGCCAGACAGAUGAAAAUCCGGAUGUCCUCCUUGGAUCAGGCUGUACGAGGCCAGUGGUAUGACAUCUACAAGGGCUUCAAGCACAGCCUCUCCGAUGGCGGUGAUCAGCUGCUGGAAGUUCCGCCUCUCAAUGCCCUCAACCCAGGCUACAAAAG